AAAUAUCUAAGCCAUCUGAUAGUCUAGAGAGUUGAUUAUGUCUAUAAUAUUAUAAAUGUCUAUAUUAUAAUUUAUAUAAAAUUUGAAGCCAGAAAUAAUACCUGCAAUACUGCAUUUUUCAUUUUUAAUGUUUCACGUUUGAGCCACAGUGGUUCAGUGAGAAGGUACUGACUGGCUGUACCUAAGUUCCUUAGGAUUAUCCGAAAAGGUUUCCCAUUGUCAGUGCUGCAGAACAGAGGGGUUGGCAAACAAUGAAUGUUGUAUGAAAGGCAGACGAAAAACAGAACCCACAGCAGUUGGAUUAGGAAUAUCUGGAAAUGCCACUGUCGAGGCAAAAUUACCCUCAUAGCAUGCUGCAUAUAUGUUGUACGCCUACAAUAGCCUACAGGGUAGUGAAGAAAAGUAGGACCUUAAACCAUUUAAUAUUUUAAGAUGUUAGGUUGACUUCUUGUCAGUUUACAUCGUAUCAUAUUUUUUUUUUGUCUGUUUAUUACAGGUAGUAAUAGAGAUAUACUGUAAACGUUUGUAGAAUAAAUGAACUAGACAGAAUAACAGAAAGAUGAGUACAGAAAAGGGUGUACCCAAAGAUAAUUAUUCUGUUUUUGUUGGUCAUCUUCUUCCAUCAACUACAAAGGCAGAGUUAAAUGAUUUAUUUCAAUCAUGUGGUACUAUAGUAGAGGUAUUUGCCUUACAAUCAAAAGACACAGCUUAUACAUAUGGAUUUGUGAGGUUUGCCGAAAAGGAAGCUGCCAUUAAAGCUGUACAGGAAUUGAAUAAAUGGCCAAUGCGAGGUGUACCUAUGAUUGUAGAUUUAUCACGAGAAACUAAACAACGGUUAGAAAAUGAGGGUGUACUACAAGUUGCUGAAGUUGGUGCCUCAAAAUCUGAUCAGGAUGUGAGAUGUAAAACAAAGGAAAGUAACUCUGUUUAUAUUGAUGAUGUUAUCAAUCUGAGUCGAUUGGAAGAGUGUUGUUCACAGAUGAAUCUACAAGCUACUGAAACAGGUGGAAAACCAAUAAUAAACACAGAAAAGUUAUUACAUGAUAUCUCAGAAGCAGAAUACGGAUCAUUUCUUAAUUUUAAACCCGAAUUAAAUGAUUAUAAACCAUUAGAUCUACAGAAUUUAUCCAAACGACUUUUGAAAAGUGAAUUUGGUAAAAUGGAUCAAACUGUUUCCGCUCAAGAAACGAAGGAUUUUUUUCUGGCAUUGGAUGUAAUAAUGGACACUGUUAAAGGUUUUAAAACAUUCUGUCAUCGUCUUAGAUCUGACCAAGAAAAGACGAACAACGAAAAUUUCGAAAAAACUAUGCAAGAUAUUUCUGAACGAGAAGUAGUCGUAAUGUCGAAUGAAAGCAAACAUUCUACCCCUAAAAACAGUAAAUCUUCUGACAGCAUUUUAGCGUCUUCCCCUAAUCCUUCUGUCUCUAAAAACUUUAACUUUUCUGGCAGCAUUUUAGCAUCUACCCCUAAUAUCACCAAUCCUUCCGUCAACUCUGAAAAUCAACUAAAUAAUCUGGUUUCAUUGAAUGAUUUAUCACGAAAAGAAAAUGAAUCAGGUGAGCAAGAGACGAGGCUGUUUGAAAAAAAAGAUUUGAAAUCACGAGAAACUAGACAGCUUGAGGUUGGUCUAAAAGAAUUAUUGUUUAAAAAUAGACGCUCAGAAUCCCCAGCAUCUAACAAAGAUAUAAAUCCAUCAUUUGAAAAUCCAGAACCGGUACAGUAUUACGAUCGUGGGAGUUCCAUUCACCGUCUGCAGCAUUUAACUAGGCACCAGACAUCAAAUGCUGAUUCAAGAAACUAUAGUUUGGACGACAGUUCCGAUUCUGACGAGGCGAUAGAUACUCGUAACUCACAAUUGUUGGCUGAAGAAAAAGAAAAAUCAAAAAUCAAAGCGAUGAAAGCAGCUGCAGAAUUUGGUGCAUCUUCAAACUUAACGUCUAUCUUAGAUUUGAAUAAUAUAUCGAGUGACAACAAAUCCAGUGACAAUAAAUCGAAUGACGGUAAAUCAAUAUUAAGGAAAGGACAGCAGAAAUACAGUAUUAGUGAGAAAGGUAUUUUAGGUCCACCUCCGUCAAAUAUGUCCCCAUGGUUGAAACCAGGUCUUCUUGGACCUGCUCCUGAUCUGAACAGACGACCACAAAAAGUAUUGCAUAAUAGCCCCUCUAAUAGUGUUACAGCUCCUAUUUAUAACAGUGGUGAUGGUCUGUUAGGGCAUGCCCCAGGUGUGGGUGACGGAAUAUUAGGGGGCAUUUCCAAAGGAAAACAAAAGGGUUUGAAGUCUCAACAUAACCAAUCUUCUUUAAAGAUUACUUCUUUAAAUGGUAUUUUAGGUCCUGCCCCAAAACAACAUGGCCCUGAAUCUGGUAUAUUGGGUCGUUCCCCUAAUCAAAACGACCCUGAAUCUGGUAUAUUAGGCCCUGCUGCAACCAGUGUGACAUCAUUAAGAAAUUUGUCAUCAAAUAAAUCUGUCAACGAAAAAUUCACAAAAUCAAAAACGAAAGUCAUUGGUAAUUCAGGUCAGGAAAAAAAGUCAAACACAUCUGUGCCUUCGGUUGGAGGUGAUGUCAGAUCACUAAAUGAUCUUCAACAAAUGGGGAGUAACAUUGUGGAUAUGCCAAAAGCAAAAAAUAACAGUGAAAGUGGCUGGUUAACAAAGACUCCAGGAAGUAACAAAUCAAACAAAUCUGUGCCUUCAAUGGAAAGUAAUGUCAAAUCACAAAAACACAUUGGCAAUGAUGAUACUGGAGACUCGGCAACAGCAAAAAAUAACAGGGGAAGAGGCUUGUCGACCAAGACUCCAGGAAGUAACAGUUCAUCACCUAAUGGCUCAGUAGUCUCAUUAUCCAGUCUGAAAUCUCUUAAAGACAUAAAAAGUUCAACAAAUCCACCAACAAAUCCUCCUCAGACAUCAAGUAUUGGAAGAGGAAGGGGAUUCAUCUUCAGGUGAAGUUGCCAAAUGGUAAAUAUCAUUACUCAAAUGUCAAGUUAGAAACAGUACAAUGAUAUAGACGAUGGCCAUAUUAACAAACAAAAUUGGAAAAGUUCAUAGAAUCCGAAUUCAAAAUAAUUUGAACAGACACUAUAUACAUGUAUGUUACCAGUGAAAACGUAGGCAGGUUCAGGAUAAAGAGCCUAUAGUAGUUCAAUGAAAUAAUUUGUCUCAAAAUGAUCAUAGUUUUAUAUGAACAUUUCUGUCUUAAAGAGCUCUUUAUUAACUAGUAAUAAAACUAAAAUUA